AGGACCAAGAUGGUGAAAGUUCCCGCCACACCACCUGAGCUCGGACAGGAGAACAAAGGACCAAGAUGGCGAAAGUUCCCGCCACACCACCUGAGCUCGGACAGGAGAACAAAGGCCCAAGCAGGAACCUGAGACCCCCGCCCUGGGCUCCUGUGGACCAAUGGGAUCCCGAUGAGCAGGAGGGAUAUCCAAAUAAGGGAAACUUGCCAAAAGACCCCUGAGCUUUCCCCAAGACCCCUUAAAAGCCCCCUCCUCCCUGCCUUGGGCGCGACUUCCCCCACUCUGCUUUCCAGAGUUGCGGAACCUCGCCCGAGGGUGCCCACCUCCUCCCGGUGCAACUUUCUCGGCUCCCCUUCACCUGGGCCCUGAAACUUCACCGGAGAGAACCUUUAAUAAACCUUGCCUUACACUCACUUUGCCUGGUGUUGUGUUUAUCUCGUCGGAAAAACCUUACAUUUGGCGCCGAAACCCGGGAGGAGAUUGAGCCCCCACCCCAGUGGGGAGGCUCUCUCCUUUCCCUAGCCGGACUGGACCUGCCUUUCCGAACGCCACUUCUGAAGCCGUGGUUGGAUCGAGGCAUACCCUACGGCUCGAGAAACAGCAGAUGUAGUGGCUACAAUACUCAUCGAGCACAUCAUCCCGAGGUUUGGAUUGCCCCGGACCCUCCAGUCAGACAACGGACCUGCCUUCAUCUCCAGUGUAACCCAGCAGGUAGCGGAGAGCCUCAACAUAACCUGGAAACUUCACAUCCCAUACCACCCACAGUCAUCGGGUAAGGUAGAAAGGGCCAACGGGCUGCUGAAAGCCCAACUCACCAAACUUACCCUAGAGACCCGUCUUUCCUGGCCCACACUUCUGCCCCUGGCUCUCACCAGACUCCGAGCUACGCCCCGCGGGCCUUCGGGCUUAAGCCCAUUCGAAUUACUAUAAGGCCGGCCCUUUCUUAUAAAUCAUAGCCUUCCGGCCAUCUCCCCACCUCUUUUAUCCUAUUUACCUUAUCUUACUCUCCUCCGAGCUCUCUUAAGGGCUCACGCUGACACUGUCAUUCCAGCCCCUAACGACCAUGCUUCUGAAGGGGGUAUACGAGAUCUAUCCCCUGGGGACCAGGUCCUCCUCAAAAGCUUGCGGCCAGACUCCUUACAAACUCCGUGGACUGGGCCUUAUACAGUUGUCCUUACCACCCCAACUGCUGCAAAACUGUUGGGGCACUCUGCAUGGGUACAUAUCAACAAUCUCAAGCGGGCACCCACAGAGACUAAUUGGACCUCCCAGAUGGCAGGCCCCACCAAACUCCGCUUGGUUAGGGCCCCUUCUCAUAUUCCUUCUAAUCCAGACAAGCCAGGCGGAAUCAUGUGAGUCUAGCUGCAUGAGGGGUUCAGGUACUUCUCGCCAUUUUUCAGCCUUUACUUAUAUGCCUGCAACCUGCUACCGGGGAAAGGAACCGACAACCUGUACGUAUGACCAGAAAACCUAUUGGGUCUCCGACCUUGUGACAGCCAAACGAGGUAUUGCCCCCUGCAACAUCUACCCCAGGUCUGGAAAAGUGUGCUGGACCUAUCUGGGUCAGGUCGGCCUCUCCGAUGGGGGCGGGGUCCAGGACCAGGCUAGCCGUGAGCACAUUAAAACAGCAGUCAGGGACAUGACUAAACGACUCCAACCCCCCAACGACCUGGUCUAUAAGGGCAUUAAUCUCGGUAGCAUCCAAAAAUCCCCUACCACUGAACAACUGACAGUGGCCCUCCUGAACUCUAGUUACAGCCUAUGGCGUAAUGUGUCGAAAAACGGUGACAGUGACUGCUGGAUCUGUUUCCCUUUUUCAACACGUUCUAACAUUGUAGGGAUACCCCUCCCUAUGGAUUGGCCACUCCCCAACUCCACGACCACAAAUAGCACGGUUCAUAUUGGCCCCAUUGGGGAAAACAUACCUAUUAUUAAUGUGUCCUCCCCCCUCACCACGGCAGCUGCCAACAUCACUAACUCCUCCCUCCCGUAUUGUACUCCCUCGGGAAUAUUUCUCUCGUGCCCUCAGGGAAUCUAUCGCUGUCUGACCACUAACGACUCCCUGGGCUGUAUAUUCAUCCUAUUAUCUCCUUCUACCACCAUUUACUCUGAAUCCCAGCUGCUAUCCAUCCUAUUCCCCCAACACCGUGAAGAAAGGGCCGUCUUCCUCCCAUUCAUAAUAGGGGCAGGGGUAGCCAUAGGGGUGGCAACUGGGACAGCAGGGAUAGGAACCUCCAUAGACUUUUAUUACAAACUCUCCCAGGCUCUGAAUGAUGAUAUGGAACGGGUUGCUGACUCCCUCACAGCCCUACAGACCCAGGUCACCAGCCUGGCAGCCUUAGCUCUACAGAACCGACGGGCCUUAGACCUUCUGACCGCCGAAAAAGGGGGGACCUGCCUAUUCUUAAAUGAAGAAUGUUGUUACUUUGUUAACCAAUCAGGUAUAGUUACUUCCAAGAUCAAAGAACUCAGGGAUCGGAUCCAAGCACGGCGGCGAGACACGUCCUCUUGGGGCCUGGACCCCUACAACUGGGUAACCUGGCUGCUCCCUCUGGCGGGACCUGUAUGCAUAAUCCUCCUUCUAAUCUCAGUUGCUCCCUGUCUUUUCCGGUACUUGCAGGGUCGCCUACAAGAACUUGCCCGAGUAUCCGUCAAUCAACUCCUCCUCCAGCCCUACUCUCGCCUGCCCACUUCCGACUACCCUUAUGACGACGCCCCCUGUCAGCAGGAAGUAGCCAGAACCGAGUCGACGCCCCUGACACCAUUAUAUUAAGCAAAAGGUCGGAAUGUUGGGCUGGCAGGAAGGGCUACCAAAGAUGGCGAAAAUUCCCGCCACAAGACCUGAACUCGGACAGGAGAACAAAGGACCAAGAUGGUGAAAGUUCCCGCCACACCACCUGAGCUCGGACAGGAGAACAAAGGACCAAGAUGGCGAAAGUUCCCGCCACACCACCUGAGCUCGGACAGGAGAACAAAGGCCCAAGCAGGAACCUGAGACCCCCGCCCUGGGCUCCUGUGGACCAAUGGGAUCCCGAUGAGCAGGAGGGAUAUCCAAAUAAGGGAAACUUGCCAAAAGACCCCUGAGCUUUCCCCAAGACCCCUUAAAAGCCCCCUCCUCCCUGCCUUGGGCGCGACUUCCCCCACUCUGCUUUCCAGAGUUGCGGAACCUCGCCCGAGGGUGCCCACCUCCUCCCGGUGCAACUUUCUCGGCUCCCCUUCACCUGGGCCCUGAAACUUCACCGGAGAGAACCUUUAAUAAACCUUGCCUUACACUCA